AUGCGAACGUUAUUUCGGGCUGGUGAUUCGCAGUUACUGCGAAAUAUUAGUAAUUGGCUCACAGGUGUAGCUGGUGACUGGUAUUUGCAGCUUUCCCAAGGUCAUCAUUUGCCGGAUACGUGGCAUGAGUUUAAGAAGUUGUUCUUGUCUCGUUUUCGUAGUCNAAAUGAAACAGCAGCUGAUUUCUAUCAAAGAUAUUUGGGACUAAAUUUGGAAAUUAAUCCAAAAACCAAAGAAAAUUUACUAAAAAAAUACUUUCUUCGAAAAUUGAGACCAGAACUUUUUGUUUGGAUGAAUUAG